CAACGAACCAAGAAUUGAAAAAUUAAAUAAUAAUUACAUAUUAGUAAUAUUGUAUGUAUAAAUUAGAUAACUACGGACGCUCAAUUUGUAUCUUCCCUAUCACCUGAGAAAACAUCUGUUCUUAUUUGUGCAUGGAAAGAUGAAUGUUGUGGACGAAUUGGAAACGGAGGAAAAGCUCAACACCAAUAUUGAUAAAUUUACUUCUUGGCAGCUUUGGUGUCGCUUAUGUGCAAAGCAAGAUGUUCAAAAUAUUAGUGUUUUAUUCAAAGAUGAACAUAUGGUUACGUCUGCAGGCAACGGAGAACAAAAUGAAUUUGGUCUUAAUCUUGCUAUUGCUAAAUACUUUUGUGUGCAAAUAAAAUUGAAUGAUGAGCUGCCGGACCGGUUGUGUACUGAGUGUUUUUCUUUAGUAACGUCUUUAGUAAACUUCAAUGAGCGCGUAAUAAAGGUGCAGGAAAUGUACGAAGCGUUUCGCACACUUAGUGGUGUGUCAGAAAUGGAUUACCAAACAAUACGUUUAAAGUUUGGUGUGCCAAUUGAUGAUCGUCCGCAUGAGUUCAUAUGCCGUACACUAGACGAGGUACACUUACAUGAAGAAAAGCCAAAAAUAAAUGAGUUUGAUGAGAAAAGCUUUAUGGAAGAAGAUGCGAUAGAUAUUUUACCAAAAGUGUGUAACAAUGUCAUCGAAAUAAAGGAAGAAAAUUCAAUUGAGUUAACACCACCGGCCGAUGAAGAUGCAUACGACUUUGAAAAUGGCGACAUUUGUGAUGAAGACCCCUUUGGCAGUGAAAGCGAAAUGAAAAGCGAUGAAAGUUCUAGUUCUAGUGAGAGUUCAGUUAAUAACUCACCAAAAACACAUAAAAAAGUAAGCAAUGAGAACGCCAAAGUUGCGUCUAAAAUUAAUUAUUUCAAGAAGUCAUCAGUGCAAGAAAAUAUUUAUGCGAAGCAAGCAGAAGAAGUUGGUGAUGGCGAGUGUAAAGAAAUACACACUUGCAAGGAGUGCGCACAGACAUUUAAGAGAAUCUCUAAUUAUCGCACACAUAUGGAACGGAAACAUGGCGAAAUUGCAGACGUGCCUAAAUUCAUAUGCACCGAUUGUACAUUUACAUGCAACACACAAGCCCAACUAAAUCAUCAUGCCGUUAAACAUUUGCCACUAACGAAACGACGCAUUGUGCCCUGUCCGCAUUGUGACCACAAAUUCCCAACUAAGACUUAUGUGGCACAGCACAUAAAGUAUGUGCAUAUGAAUGAACGUUCCUUUAUUUGCGAGGAAUGCGGCGAAGCUGUGCGCUCGAAGGGACAACUCAAACAACAUAUGCUCACACAUACAGAUUAUGCGCCAUUCGAGUGUGAAGUGUGUAAGAAAGGCUUUAAAAAUCAAGUGCGACUGAAAAAACAUAUGGAAACUCAUAAUCCGAACAAGCACAUUUGUGCCGAAUGCGGUUUACAAUUAAACUCGAGAGCUACUCUAAACCGUCAUUUGUUGGUGCAUUCCGAUGUCAUGCAACAUAAGUGUGAUUUCUGUGGACGCGCAUUUAAACGUGCAAAGGCACUAAAGAAUCACCUUAUACUGCAUACCGGACUAAAACCCUAUUCAUGUGACUUUUGUGAUAGAACAUUUGCUAAUGGCUCAAAUUGUCGUACGCACAAGAGAAAAGCACAUCCUGAGGAAUUAGCGGCUUUGGAGGCUUCUGGCGAGAAGACAUAUACAAAAAAUAUACCCAAAUUGGCUGUACUGAAGUCUGUCACCAGAGCAGCUGAUAAUCUUGCGCCCGUUGUUUCCAAACAAAGUGGUAACUUUGCAUUCGGCAAGAAACCCAAACUGCCACCAGACGGUGUGGGUACUGUCAGUCGAAAACAAGCUAAAACACUUAAACAAUCCACAACAACUCCCGCGAUAACUGAAACUGCCGCGCUUAGUAACAACGCCAGUCCAGCAAUACAUUCCGACACGCAGACAAAUCAAACAAAUCAGCGUAUUGAAGAGGACGCACUCGGUCGCAGUAUACCCACAAUUGAUAAUAUAUAUAAUCACCUAAUGAAACAAACGGCCAUCAAUAGUGGUUAUGAUCUAAGCUCCACCGCCAUAAUGAAUCCUAUGCAUACGGAACUUAAACGCCCACACAGCGUAGAAUCAGCGCCGGCUAACAACAGUUGUGUCGCCAUUGAUAUAACAAAUGUCAUGGCGCAGCAGCAAACGCCGCUUAAUCAGCAAAUAUUAAUGCCCGCACAAAAUGCUGCAGUGCAAAAUUUUUGUACGGAAUUUAUAAAACAACAUAAAAUCGGUGUAAAGCAGCAGCACACAACCGCGCCACAACAACAACAUGAGGAAAUCUCCAUACACAGUCCAGCAAGUCAUAUUUCACAACACACCGAAGAGCUCUCCACCCCUUCAACAAAUGCAGCUGAAACAAACAAUUUUUAUAAUCAUCUGAGACAACAUACACCAGAUAGUUAUAUCUAGAUGACAUUUUAUGGCAGUGGAUGUCUUUUUUUCAACUCUUAAUGAUUGUGAGUGCAUAUUUUGAGGUUAUAUGUGUGUGUAGGUCGGUUUGUGCCUCGUAUGUGUGAAUGUGUGGUUUACGGUAGCUAUGGAGUAUAUGGUAGCUAAAGAGUAUAUGGUAGCUAUAGAUAAAGGGUAGCUAUAGAAUAGUGUUAGUGCAAUUAUAAGUAAUUAUGUGAAUUUUUUUUAACGUUACACCAAUCACAAGGUGUACACCAUGAUCCUUGCCAGUGAAAAUUAAUGCUAUCACCAUUGCAAACCAAAAUUAUACAAAUUAUUUCAAAU